AAUCAACGUCAUCAGAAGGCGGGGGUUGUGUUCGUUUCUUUUGAGCUACACAUUUUAUUUCCUUAAUCUGUUUUUCAAGAGUUUUCCGUUGCAAAUGUCUACAUUUAAGAUUGAAUAAAUAUUGAAAACUAUUAGAUUCAUUUAUCUGAAGAGGGAAAGCAAAGCAACGAGAUGGGCUAUAUGAUUGUAGAAAAACACACAUCUGAGCUUCUUCAUUUGAAGAGAUCUCCUGGAAUCAGAUCUUGGUCCAUCCUUGUCGGAAUUGCUUCAGUUGGACUGGCGGCAGCCUAUUACAGCUCUGACAACAUAUUAUGGAAGCUUUUCUAUGUGACGGGCUGCUUUUUUGUAGCCUUGCAGAAUAUGGAGGAAUGGGAGGAGGCAGUGUUUAAUAAAUCUAAGAACGAGAUCGAACUGAAGACCUUCAGUCUCUAUACCAUGUUGUUGACUCUGUGGAAAAGAGGGCAUGAGAAAGUGCUGUUAGAUCUGCGCCACCUUCGGGACGUCAGUGUUCAGGAGGAGAGAGUGAGGUAUCUUGGGAAGGGUUACCUGGUAGUGCUGCGUUUGGCUACAGGCUUCUCUUACCCGCUUACACAGAGCGCCACACUUGGGGCACGCAGUGAUGUUGAGGCACUUGCGGCACUUCUGAAGCGCUUUUUGGGGCUGGAGGAAUUACAGCAACGUUUGGCGGACGAUGAUUAUCCUGACGACGAUGACGGCAUUGAAGAUUUGGGUUUGGGUGAUAGCAGUGAUUCACAAGAUGAUGAUGGUGAUGAUGAAGAACAUUAAAAACCUCAGGGAAAGCUGGGAAAUGGUGGACGACACUGGAUCAAGCCUUAAACCAAAACAACCAAACAUUCCA